AUGGAACGUGAAUUAGCGGACCAUGCACCAUGGAAAAAAAUUCAGCAGAAUACAUCCACGAAAUGGAUAAAUAAACAUUUAAGAUUAGUUAAUACACAAGUUGAAGAUUUACAAACUGACUUAGCUGAUGGUUUAAAACUAAUCGCACUCGCCGAAGUAUUAUCACGUAAAAAAUUACCAAAGUAUACUAUAAGACCAAAUUUUCGUUCACAAAAAUUAGAGAAUAUCUCUAUUGUGUUAGACUUUUUAGAAUGUACAGAACGUAUUCGACUCGUUAAUAUUGGUAAGUUUGAAAAUGAAAAAACGUUUCCUUUGUCGUUUUGA